AGUCGAUCAACUGCCCUGCGGACAAUCUUUCAGUGAUUGUGUUAUUCGUCGAUCAACUGCCAAUUUCUUUUCUUCGUUCUUGACUAGAUCAUCGUUCUACUAUUCUGAUCAGCAUUUAAACAACUGAUUAUAAUAUACAAGACUUUACAAGUCACCAAAAAAAUACUAGUGGCAAGUAUGGAUGUUAGAGGGAACAGCACUGCAUUCUCGACAGACGAACAUGGAAAGUCGUUUGACGCUAAAGAUCGUGCGGUUGCCGGAAGUCCGACGGCAAUCAAGGAGAAGCGAGGAGGACCAAGUGCACUCGGGAGAGCGCACGCAAUUUCAUUGGUGUUUGCGGUGGGUUCACUGAAGCUCAGUCUCGGGUUGUUGGGGGAAAUGGUGGGCUUCACACUGGGCUUGGGCGCCGGUAUUGCUGUUGGCAGCCUCAUCCUGGCAAGAAAACGGCACCUUAAAGUCGUCAUGCCGCAGAUUAAGAAACUGAAGGAUAUCGAUCUGACGGAGGACAAGCGACGUGAGUUAUUUCUGCUCAUUCCUCAGUGGGUGAAGAACCCUGAUAUUGAGCGCGUUGGUUGGCUUAAUAGGGCAGCAGCCAAGUUGUGGCCAUAUGCUGACAAAGCCAUCUACAAUCUUUUCAAGAACCAGAUUUGGCCAGGGGUAUCAAAAAUGCUACCAGGUGGACUGCGUAUUGACUUCACGGAGAUGACUUUAGGCGAUCUUCCGCUAGUAAUCGAGGGUGUCGAGGUGAAAGAGACCGUGGAAGAUGAAAUCAUUUUUCAGAUGAAGGUCACGCUUGCGACCAAUGCCAACGUUGUUGCCGAUGUUCGCUUCUUUUGCUUAAGUACCACAGUCCAGGUUUCAGAGGUUCAAGCCGAGGCUCUUGUGCGCAUCACCUUAAAGCCUCUUGUGUAUAGACUGCCGUGUUUUGAAUCGAUACAUAUUGAGUUGGUCGACAAGCCGACAAUCGAUUUUGCUGCCACGGCUCUGGGCGGAAUCGAUUUUAUGAGCAUCUCGUCCGUGCAGAUGACGACGGCGAGGAUCGUGGAAGGCAUCCUUUCCAGUAUUCUAGUGUGGCCAAAAAGGCUGAUCGUGUCGCUAUCGGAAGAUCAACUGCAGUGGUGGAACAAGUUGUCGGUGGGCGUACUAGAAGUGCGCAUCCUUCACACGAGCGAUCUCAAGACGUCGAUCUUCAGAACGCCCCAGCUGUACGUGCGGCUCUUCAUAAGAGAAAGGGAGGAGUUGGAUGCGAAAACCAGAGUGCAACCAAGCGCGAACCCGACGUGGAACGAGAAGUUUCAGUUCACAGUCAAAGAUGGAAAAGAGAGUGUUCUCUGCAUGGAGGUCUUGGAUUACCACAGAAUUUCUGCAGACACUCUGAUGGGUACGGCUGAAGUUUCAGUGGGCCAACUGGUCUUGGAUUACCACAGAAUUUCUGCAGACACUCUGAUGGGUACGGCUGAAGUUUCAGUGGGCCAACUGGUUCCCGGCGCGGUGACUGUGAUGGCGCCGAACUUGCUGCGCGCCGCCAAUUCUGCUGCUGCAGGAAAACUUCACAUAGAGAUUGUGUACCAACCGCUCGCGGUGGAUGAUCGCAACAGCGAGCAGUUGUCCGUGCCUCAACCAUUCGAAUUGGUGACAGCAAUGGAAGCAGCCAAGAACGGAGACGUUAUGGCUGUUCUACCUGCCAGAAGCACCGGUGGUGGUGGACUCUUGUCUGUGACGGUGCAUGAAGCUCGCAAGUUGGGUGAUGAGCACAAUGGCAUGUGCAAUCCGUAUUGCGAGAUCAAGCUCGGGGAUGACUGCAGAAGAACCCGGGUAAUGAAGAAGAGAACGCGCGUGAAGUGGGAAGAGGAAUUUGAGUUUCUGCUUGAUGGAGCUCCAGUUGGGAAAAAGCUGUUGAUUGAGGUGUACAGCAAGAGUACGGACUACUUCGCGAAUGAUAAGUUCCUUGGGAGACUUGCUGUUGACUUGUCAGAUGUGGUUCGAAACGGAAAACUUGCUGAUAUCUAUCAGUUGCAUGAUGUGCACAAUGGGUCCAUUCGAUUGGAAAUGAUGUGGCAGGGCACGGCACGCCUGCAGAAAUCGUGACAUUGGACAAAAUGAGGAGAGAGAGAGAGAGAGAGAGAGAGAGAGAGAGAGAGAGAGAGAGAGAGAGAGAGAGAGAGAGAGAGAGAGAGAGAG